CACCACCCCUCAGAGCCCCGCACGGCUCUUCAGAGCCACUCAUGGCCCCGCACCGCCCCUCAGAGCCCCGCACGGCUCCAGAUCCCCUCAUGGCCCCACGGCCCCUCAGAGUCCCGCGUGGCCUCUCAGAGCUCAGCACGGAGCUUCAGAGUCCCGCACGGCCCUACAUAGCUUCUUAUGGUUUCUCGGAGCUGCUCACGGCCUUGCACGGCCCUGCAGAGCCCCACACAGCCCCACUCCAGCGGGCGUGGGAAGAAGCUCAAGCCAGCACGUUCACUGCUCCGAUGGCUCUGCCACCUCCGGAUCCACAGUUUGUGCUCAGAGGUACCUGUGCUGCAGUCCACACUCUGCAUUUUUCCUGUGGAGGCCCAGAACCUGAUAUCCCCCUUCUUUUCUCUGGGUCUGAGAAUGGGUUUAUCCAUGUCUGGAACCUGAAAACACACAGAGUGGACACAGCAUUGGAUGGCCAUGGAAGAAAAUCUGUCUACUGCGUGGAGACAAUGGGUGGUAAAGACAGACUUCUCAGUCAGGGGCGCGACCAGAGGAUCUGCUUGUGGGAUUUAGCAGAGGGACGGACUUCAGUGAUGGAUUCUGUCUUCACGGAGCAUGUGGGAUUCUGCAGAUGCUCUCUGUUAAAGGUGGCGCAGGGACGCUGGCUAAUAGCCAUGGCAGCCAGGAGCCUGGAGGAGGUUCAGAUUUUGGAGCUGCCAUCCAAGACGUCAGUCUGUACCUUGAAACCAGAGGCGGGUGCCAAGCUGGGCAUGCCCAUGUGUCUGAAGUUAUGGCAGCUCAGCUGUGGUUCACAACCUGUGCUUCUGGCUGGCUAUGAAGACGGAUCAGUUGUCCUCUGGAAUGUGCCAAUGGGAAAAGUGUUGAGCCGACUCAUUUGCCACCAGGAGCCAGUGAUGAGCCUUGACUUUGACUCAGAGAAGGCCAAGGGGAUCUCAGGCUCAUCUGAAAAGGUGCUUAGCAUCUGGAGCCUCAAUGAGCAACAGAACCUCCAGGUUUACAAAACACACGAACUUGUCAACGCUGGCAUAUCUGAUAUCACCAUCCGUCCAGACAAGAAGAUCUUGGCAACAGCAGGGUGGGAUCAUCGCAUCAGGAUCUUUGGGUGGAAGAAGCUGAAGCCCUUAGCAGUGCUGGACUAUCACACAGCAACCGUCCACUGUGUGUCCUUCUCAGAUCACAGCAACCCCCGGGAGAGACUGCUGGCGGCUGGCUCCAAAGAUCAGCGCAUCAGUGUCUGGUCCAUAUAUGCUCAGACAUGACACAUCCUGCACUGCUAUGGACUAGGAAAACAGGACUGGUGAAGCAAUUCCUAGCACUGUAAUUCAAAUGUGCAUGUCUCCAGGCUGAAGUGAGAGUCCUAGGUUAAUUCUUAUGCUUUUUGUUUAAGCUAUAAGUUUUGUCUUCCAUAGCGGAAAGUGGAUUUUUAAAAUUCCUAACAAGCAGAACAAGGCCAGUCACAAACAAAGACCAAAGUUGCUUUGAGUUCUGCUACAGGUUUUGCAACACCUUUCCUUUGGCAGGUUGCUGACAUAACUUGUGCCAAUAUCUUUUGUAAAAACGGACUGGAAUCCCUCGAACUGCAGUGGGGGCAGAAUAUGUCUGUUUGUAAGUCAUUUAUGUAUCCAAGAAUCUAAAUCAGUGUAAAACAUCACUCUUUCUUGAAAAUUUAUACCCAUUAAACCACCUCCAGUGGUU